CCACACGCGCAGUAAUUUCAGACAUGGAACGCCCUUACAAACGCAACAAAAAUUGUCCCUCGCCUGAAAACCAACCCACACCACGCGGGAUUCCACAAAUCGUCGUCAAUGGCUAAUGUCUCAAACCUUCACCUGCACGAAGACGACUUUGUGGUGACCCUCGACUCUGCCCCUUACUGCUUUCACGACUUCCACAGUUUCGACGUCUACGGCUCAGAUUCCGAAUCCCCAAUGUCCAAUCUUGGCCUUGGUGGCGCUCAAAUCACAGCCCUCCGUCAACGCCACCCCAAUCGAAUUCGAGGGUCUGGCGACAUUUCUGGGUUCAAUUCGAUCUCGAACGUCGAUUUCUUCGACUGCCACAGCCAGGUAAACUUCGUGGACAUGUUUCAACGACGUGUUGAACAAUCAUCGUCGGUUGUAGUAGAUGAUAAUGAUUUUGCGUCGAAUUUGGAUCUGAAUUUUGGGGUUAUUGAAGGGGAUGAGGAAAUGGGUUCGAACCAUUUGGAGCUAGAUCUGGGUUUAGGUUUAGGGUUAGGGUUUUGUAGGGAUCGGCAUGGUUUUGCUGGGGAUGAUGAUAGUUGUGGGUCUAUGGUGGCUAAUCCUAGUGAUGACUUCUUUAUGUCGAGAAGGGGCUCUGUGUCUGAAUCGUGCGAGUCAUCCACGGUUUCCGGUGAUGCGGAUCAAUUUUUAGGUAAUUUGAGGGUUGUUGGGAUCGAUUCAGAUUCGGAAGUGGAUGUAAUUGGAGCUUUAAAUUCAGAGGAUGAUUAUAAUGUAUGUGAUGAUAAUACGGGCGUUGGGAUUCAUUUGGAUUCCUUUCAAUUUCAUUUGGAUACGUUUCCAUUGGAGGAUCAAAGGGAUGGGAAUGAAGGUUUUGAGUGGGAGGAAGUGGAUGGUAGAGUUGAUGAAAGGGAAGUUAUGAGUAUGUUCUUUGCUGAUAUUGAUGAAGAUCUGGAAGCAUCGGUUUCAGCUGUAAUUGAGUCCCAAGAAGAAGUGGGUGUAGAGAGAGUGGGUGUAUUGGGGAAUUCUGAGUGGGAAGUUUUGCUAAAUGUUAACAAUUUCGAGUCCAACACAGAACUAGAACAUGAGAGUGUGCCUUACUUGGAGGAUCACGACUACGAGAUGAUAUUUGGUCAAUUCACGGAGAAUGAAAAUGCUUUGGUGGUUAGGCCAUCUGCUUCAAAAAAUGUUGUUAAAUAUCUUCCAUCGGUGGUCUUAACUCAAGAAGAUUUGGAUAACAACAAUGCCCUUUGUGCAAUUUGUAAGGAUGACAUAAAUGCUGGUGAACAAGCAAAGCAGCUACCAUGUUUCCACCGGUACCAUGGGGACUGCAUUCUACCGUGGCUGAACAUUCGGAAUACCUGCCCCGUUUGUCGGUAUGAAUUGCCCACAGAUGAUCCUGUUUAUGAACGUAGAAGGACCCAAAGAGCUGAUCGUGUCCAGUGAAGGUGCUAUAAGGUUAUAUAUGGUUUUGAAGUUUAUAUUGAUUAUUAACUUGUGCCAAUUGUAGAUAACCUUUUUGGUAAAAGGCCCAUUUUCGGUUUUGAGGAUAUUGACAUUCUUAUUUAUUCUGUAUGUGAUUGUUGAAAUAUUAGAAUGUAGUGUAGCUAGGUUGCAAACUUGGGAAACUCGCAACUUUUCAAUGAUACAUAAAUGGUUGUUUUUGUAUUUGUUUUUUUGGUUGAGAAACAGUAUUUUUUUUCUUUUUU